AUGCAAUGGAUUCAAGGAUUCAGUGUAGGCACAAACACUGAAAACUCAGUCGCUAUCUCCCAUUUAUUAUAUGCUCAUGACACACUGAUCUUCUGUGAGGCAAAUAUAUUCCAAAUCUUGUACCUGAAUCUUACACUCCAGCUAUUCGAAGCAUUAUCAGGACUUCACAUCAACAAGCAGAAAAGUAUUAUAUAUCCAGUCAAUCAGGUGAGCAACAUUGAGGAGUUGGCAGGGAUCAUCGGUUGCAGCAUAGGGUCAUUGCCUACUACCUAUUUGGGUCUUCCAUUGGGAGCUAAAUUCAAAAGCUGUGAUAUCUGGAAUGGUGUAGUGGAGAACUUUGAGAAAAGACUGGUACUUAAAUGGCUGGACAAGAUCAGGAGGGACUUUCUAUGGGAAGGAAAUAACAGCUCUCACAAGUAUCACUUGAUUAAAUGGGAUAAGGUCUUGCAACCUAAAUGCAAAGGUGGACUGGGGGUCGGAUAUCUAGACAAGCACAAUAAAGGUUUGCUAAUGAAAUGGCUAUGGAGACAUGGCACAUGUAAACCAAGUCUAUGGAAAGAGGUGAUCAAUGCAAAACAUGGGAUUAAAGACAAUUGGAACACCAAAAUUGUCAAUGCAUCCCAUGGAGUAGGGCCCUGGAAGUAUAAAUGGCUAAACAACACUACUCUCAUGGAGGACUAUCCUAGCUUAUUCAACAUUGCUUUGGACAAUAAUUCUUCAAUUGCUCAUAACUGGGCAAAUGAUAAUUGGGAUGUGCAUCUCAGGAGAGCUGUUCAAGACUCGGAGAUAAAAGACUUGAUGGAAAUGCUAGCUGAUUUGAGGCCUACAACAUUGAUGAGAAUGUUCCAGACAGUAUGA